GUUCAAUAUAUUAUUUUGUGUUGUGAUUUGAGAGAAGCUGAAGGAGCGGCUCUAGCCAUGGCACCGCACGAUCUCCGCCGUCCAUUCAAACGACCGUUGAUCUCUGAUCAAGAGAAGCGCAGGCAGCAGUCCCUGCUCCGGCAGGCACAGAAUCGACGCGACGCCCAGAACCAUGCUCGAUUCCUCGCCUCCACCGCCUUAUCGCUCGAACAACCGCACGAACUCGAACCCGAACCCGAAUCAGCACCCGAACUUCACGACGAACUUAUACCUGACUCCGAAGCUCCCGAGUCACCGAAGGAGCUUGACGUGGUUGAAGCGUCGAAGCUGAAAGGCGCGGAGGCUCGGAAAUGGUUCGCGAAACAGCUGAUGCAUCCCGAAUGGAUGAUCGACAUUCCCGAAAAUCUCUCACAAGACUGGUUUGUGUUUGCUAGGCCUUCUGGAAAACGAUGCUUUGUGGUUUCGUGCAACGGCACGACGAUAAGUCGUUUAAGGAACGGUUCGAUACUGCACCGUUUUCCGUCGGAGUUGCCGAAUGGUGCGAGAAGAAAGGAUUCCUCUGGUCCUGCUCAGUCUUACUCCAUUUUGGACUGCAUUUUUCACGAGGUGGAUCAGACUUACUAUGUGAUUGACAUGGUUUGCUGGCGUGGCUACUCGCUUUAUGAUUGCGCUGCAGAAUUUAGGUUUUUCUGGUUGAAUUCCAAGCUUGCUGAGACUGGCGCUUGUGAACCUCCCUCGCAUUAUCACAAGUACAGGUUCAGUUUGGUUCCAGUGUACUGCUGCGACCAGAGCGGUUUAUGUGCUGCCUAUACUGGAUCUGUGCCUUAUGUAAAAGAUGGUCUUCUGUUUUAUAACAAGCAUGCACACUAUCAGACAGGAAUUACACCACUAGCAUUGGUUUGGAAGGAUGAGAACUGCAGUCAGUAUGUCAUGGACACAGAUAGCAAAGGACAGGUUCCAAAUCAUCAGCAGGUGGUUUUGGAGCUACAAGAAGGUGGAAAGCUGUGCACUUCCGAUGAUCCUCCUGUAGUAUUUGGAUGUUUAGAUGGAGGCUUUAUGCAUGAGUCAGAGUUGCAUUCAGGAUUUCUUGUACGGUUUGCAAUUGGAGAAGGGGGACUGGUUUUGGUGGAUGGAAAACUUGAGAAAGCUGAUCUAAAUUAUCUAGGCAAGGCCAACCGUGCUCGUGCUUCUGCUGAUAGUUUCUCUAAGGUUAUGUUCCAAUACAGUGUUCGACACUCUCCUCUAAGAAUUGAUGAUUUGUUAGGAUCUGUCAACUCAGCAGCUGAUGAAAGUAACAAAGUUUGUGAUAUUGAAAUGGAUGGUUGAUAGAAAUGUAUAAAGGCUUUCAAGUGAUUUGCAAAAUUGCUAGCUUCCCACACGUUCAGAGAGAGGGAGUUGUAUUUGUCAUGUCUAAGAGUGCAAUUUGCCAAAUGCCAACAAAGUUUCUUUAACCAAGAUGGUAGCAGGUGUGCAUAUUCGAUUUCAUUUUGUCUAUGGUUCAUUUGAUGCUGAUGUAAUAUAUCUUAUGUAGUUUUCUACCAUUAAGCAACAUAGAUAGGGAGCACAUGAAUGUAUAGUACAGGC